AUGGGCAAGGGUGCAGGAAAAGCAGCGCAGCCCAACAAGAGAACACGCGAGCAGGAGGACGAGGAGGAGUUCUGGAUGGAUGCAGAACAGCUCGACGAGGAGACAAUUCGUCGAAUCCUGCGCACACUGGUGAGAGCGGCGGCCAGGCGCGAACAGCAGCUGACAUCCUUGGAAGCGGACAGGAGCUAUGUCCUGUUCCUAGAAACAGGGAACCAUGGAAUGAUCAACGUGUUGGCCCAGGCAGGCGCUUCAAACAGCGGAGACGGCCAACUGGAUUUUGCGGACUCCGCUCCACAGAAGAAAGCCCUGCCAGCGAGCAAAGACAACCUCACUCACGAGAAUGCGAAGCAAGCAGUGGCCAACCUGCUGAAGAACACAGCCACGGACGGCAUCGUACAUCGAUCUGCAGAAGUAGUGGUGAUGCUCCUGACCCUGACCCUCCAUCAGCAAGCAGCGGAUGUCUACCGCGAUCUGGACCUGCUUGCAAACAAUUGCGCAGGAAAGGUGAUAGGGCUCCGACUACGCAGAGAAAGGGUCAGCAACACGACCCUGGCAAAGGAGCUGGAGAAGUUGCAGCUCUGA